GACGUCGGCGGUGACAGGCCCUGGGAACUUCCGGCUUUCUCCCCACCGCCUGGAGAAGGCGAACGCGAUGUUCGGUGCCGGGGAUGAGGACGACACCGACUUCCUCUCGCCUAGUGGCGGUGCCAGACUGGCCUCUCUUUUUGGACUGGAUCAGGUUGCUGCUGGCCAUGGAAAUGAAUUCUUCCAGUAUACAGCUCCAAAGCAGCCUAAGAAAGGCCCGGGAACAGCAGCAAUAGGAAAUCAGGCAACACCAAAAACAGCACCAACCACAGCGGGCACUUCCACAGUACUGGUUGCAACAGCAGUCCAUGCAUAUCGAUACACAAAUGGUCAGUAUGUAAAGCAGGGCAAAUUUGGUGCUGCAGUCCUGGGGAACCACACAGCCAGAGAGUAUAAGAUUCUUCUUUAUAUCAGUCAGCAACAACCAGUUACUGUUGCUAGAAUUCAUCUGAACUUUGAGCUAAUGGUUCGCCCCAAUAACUAUAGCACCUUUUAUGAUGACCAGCGACAAAACUGGUCCAUCAUGUUUGAGUCGGAAAAGGCUGCUGUGGAGUUCAAUAAACAGGUGGGCAUUGCCAAGUGCAAUAGCACCUCUUCCUUGGAUGCAGUGCUCACUCAGGACCUCAUUGUGGCAGAGGGCCCUGCUGUGGAAGUUGGAGAUUCUUUGGAAGUGGCUUAUACUGGCUGGCUCUUUCAGAAUCAUGUGCUGGGCCAGGUUUUUGACUCUACUUCUAACAAAGAUAAGUUGCUUCGCCUGAAAUUAGGAUCAGGAAAAGUCAUCAAGGGCUGGGAGGAUGGAAUGCUGGGAAUGAGAAAAGGAGGAAGGAGAUUGCUUUUCAUCCCUCCAGCCUGUGCUGCUGGUUCUGAAGGAGUAAUAGGCUGGACUCAGUCCAUGGACUCAAUCCUGGUGUUUGAAGUGGAGCUUAAGCGGGUGAAGUUUGCCAGAGAUUCUGGCUCUGAUGGGCACAGUGUUAGUUCCCGGGAUUCUGCGGCUCCUUCUCCCAUACCUGGUGCUGACAACCUUUCUGCUGAUCCUGUUGUGUCACCACCCACAUCGGUGCCUUUCAAAUCAGCGGAGCCAGCUUUUCGUACCAAAUCUAACUCCCUCAGCGAACAGCUUACAAUAAAUACAAAUCCUGAUACAGUCAAGGCCAAGUUGAUCUCUCGGAUGGCUAAAAUGGGCCAACCCAUGCUGCCCAUUCUUCCACCACAGCUAGAUUCCAAUGACUCAGAAAUUGAAGAUGUGACUACUCAGCGAGGAGCUGGACAGCCCCUGGUGACUCCAUCCGUGCAGCCCUCUCUUCAGCCUGCUCAUCCAGCGUUACCACAGAUGACUACACAGGCCCCUCAGGCAUCUGUUUCUGGGCUCCAAGCACCCUCCGCUGCCUUAAUGCAAGUUGCAUCUCUUGAUUCCCACUCAACUGUGUCUGGAAAUGCCCAGUCCUUUCAGCCCUGUGCAGGUAUGCAAGCCUACACAUAUCCCCAGGCAUCCGCAGUCACCUCCCAGCUGCAGCCUGUUCGACCCUUGUAUCCAGCACCACUGUCCCAGGCUCCCCACUUUCAAGGAUCAGGUGACAUGGCUUCAUUUCUUAUGACCGAAGCCCGGCAACAUAACACUGAGAUUCGAAUGGCAGUCAGCAAAGUGGCUGAUAAAGUGGAUCAUCUCAUGACUAAGGUUGAAGAGUUACAGAAGCAUGGUGCUAGCAAUUCCAUGCUUAUUCCUAGCCUGUCAGUGACAAUGGAAACAAGCAUGAUCAUGAGCAACAUUCAGAGAAUCGUUCAGGAAAAUGAAAGAUUGAAGCAAGAGCUACUUGAGAAGAGCAGUCGGAUAGAAGAACAGAAUGACAAGAUUAGUGAACUAAUUGAACGGAAUCAGAGGUAUGUUGAGCAGAGUAACCUGAUGAUGGAGAAGAGGAACAACUCACUUCAAACAGCCACAGAAAACACACAGGCAAGGGUAUUGCAUGCUGAACAAGAGAAGGCCAAGGUGACAGAAGAGUUAGCAGCAGCCACUGCACAGGUCUCUCACCUGCAGCUGAAAAUGACUACACAUCAAAAGAAGGAAACAGAGCUGCAGAUGCAGCUGGCAGAAAGCUUGAAGGAGGCCGGUCUACUUCGGGGCCAGCUUGCCAAACUGCAGGCAGAGCUCUCAGAGCUCCAGGAAACCUCAGAGCAAGCACAGUCCAAAUUCAAAAGUGAAAAGCAGAACCGGAGGCAACUGGAACUCAAGGUGACCUCCCUGGAGGAGGAGUUGACUGAUCUAAGAGCUGAGAAAGAGUCCCUGGAAAAGAACCUCUCAGAAAGGAAAAAAAAGUCAGCUCAAGAGCGCUGCCAGGCCGAGGAGGAGAUGGAUGAGAUUCGCAAGUCGCACCAGGAGGAACUGGACAAACUUCGACAGCUCUUGAAAAAGGCCCGAGUGUCCACAGACCAAGCAGCUGCAGAGCAGCUGUCUCUGCAGGCUGAUCUACAAACUCAGUGGGAAGCAAAGUGUGAGCAUCUGUUGGCCUCCGCAAAGGAAGAGCACCUGCAGCAGUACCAGGAAGUGUGCGCACAGAGGGAUGCCCACCAGCAGAAGCUAACACGCCUUCAAGAAAAGUGCUUAGCCCUCCAGGCCCAAGUCACAGCCCUCACAGAGCAAAAUGAACAGCACAUCAAGGAACAGGAGAAGAACAAGUCCCAGAUAUCUGGGGUUGAAGCUGCUGCUGACCCCUCAGAGAAGGUCAAGAAGAUUAUGAACCAGGUGUUCCAGUCAUUGCGGGGUGAGUUUGAGCUGGAGGAAUCUUACGAUGGCAGGACCAUUCUGGGGACCAUCAUGAAUACAAUCAAGAUGGUGACUUUACAGCUGUUGAGCCAGCAGGAGCAAGAGAAGGGAGACAGCAGCAGUGAGGAAGAUGAGCAGCCUCUUCGACCCUCCCAGGAGCAGUCAGCCCCAGCCACGUCUGGGCUGUGUUCCCCACCCACGAGUGCGGAGGGGCAGGAGGCCACCGUGGUGCUGUCAGAGCAGGUAAUGGAAGAGGUCACUCCAUCGCCUCCACAGGUUCUCUCCACACCUGAGGACAGUGUAGAGAGAAGGAAAGGGGAGCCGGAUACAGAGGUGCUUUCAGAGUUCGAAGAUGGUUUCCUCCCACCCAAACCGGCCUGUACCCCAUCUCACAGAGUUCUGGGACCCCCAACUUCGAUUCCACCUAAGCCUCCAGGCCCUGUACCUAUGAACUCUGAGUUCGAGGAGACACCUGUUGCUGGCCCAAUGACAGCCAGGUCCGACAACACAGCAGGAAAGGUGCAUGUUGGGACAGCUCCAGAUGGCCCACCUCAAGAAACCUCCAGGAGACCAUCACUGACUCUAGACCCAGAGAAGGGGGACCCACCAGCCUUAGGGCCUGAAAGCCCAGGAGAGCCCCAGCCUCCACAGCUCAAUGAUGAUGAGGAUGUCACCAGCCCUGCUGGUCCCUUUGAGGAGCCACUAGGCUCUACAGCUGCAGGAACAGCACUCAGACCCAACCAUGGCUCUCAGCAUUCCAGUGUCUCUGGGGAUGAAGAGGAUGAACUGUUUCAAGGGGCAACUCUGAAAGUUCCAAGGACCAAAGCACAGCCAGAGGAGGAGGAUGAAGAUGAGGUGAGCAUGAAGGGACGCCCACCCCCAACACCCCUUUUUGGAGAUGACGGUGAUGAUGAUGACAAUGACUGGCUGGGAUGAAGACCCAGGAAGCUGGCGCACAGUUUCUCCUCCAGCCCCUCCCUAAGCAUGAUUUUGCACAGCCAGCCCUGGGUCUAGGCAAACCACAGGGUGAGGUCAAGGUGAGCAUUCUGAGGACAGUAGUUCAGAUGUCGGAGUUAGCUGGCUACCUUCUGAGUCCCACACCUGACCUGGCAAAGAGGAUCGUGACCCUGUUUUCAGAACUGGUAUUUUGAGCAGCCCAUUGUGGUCCUGCCUUCAAGUCCCAGUUGGAAGAAGGAUUGAGAGGCUCCAGCUAGUCACCUACAAGAGUCCUGCCCUCUUCCAAGCUUUCUUUUCUCUUCAGUCACUCUCAGACUAACCCAAGAACCCCUUCCAUCUGCCUCCCAGGGCUCAACUGUGCCCCAGCAACAAGACCUAUCACCUGGGGAGAGGUCUCCCUGGAAAACUAAGAGGAGAUCACACCAUCUUGAUCCCAGUUCAGUUAGCAGUCUGGCCUGUGGUCCAAGGACAUGUUAUCUUUUAUCUCUGCCUUAAUCUUAUACAAGAGGUCAAUGAAUAUUUGAAAUUAACCAAACUAAAAUAAAUAUCUCUAAAGAAUCUUGA